AUGACAGACUUCAGCAGCUUGGCAGAUCGGCUCGCGGGAUCGCGUUCACCUCAAGGCACCCGUGAGGAAACCGAGUAUCAAGAGGAGUCGGAGAUGGGGAGAAGCAGUCGACAGAGUUUAAGAAGUUUAAGCCGAGGACGUGGCGCCCACUAUGAUGUAUCUGAUAGCCAAGAAAACGGUAUGAGCGCUGAAGAACAAGACGAAAGAAAGACCAGCAGGAAGAAUGGAGACGAGAAACUACGUCUCGAGAACGAGAAACUCCGCAUGGACAAAGCUCAAUUGGAGAAGGAUAUCAAGGUUCUCGAACGACAAUGGGACGAGCAAGCAGGGGAGAUUAGGGAACUGCGCGAAGCACAGAAAGCAGCCGAGUUGUCUGCCGAGCGUCGACAGCUGGACGUGCUGGAACUUCAGAUGUCGAAAGAGGAUGCGGAUAAAGAGCUGGAGAUCUCAGGAUCUCGAGUCUCUGAACUCGAGGAUGAAGUCGGCCGGCUUCGACGUUUGGAGGGUGUACAGGAAAAGUUGAACAAGGCCGAAUGGCAAUUGGGUGAUUAUUACAACGAGCUCGAAGGCAAGGAAGCUGAGCUCAUCCAAUUGCGCCAGGAAGUGGAAGAGCUCAAAGCGUCGAAUGCUCCACUUGAAAGAGCCCUGCAGCGAAGCGAGCAAGAACGCGACAACAUGAACGCAGAGAUGCAGACCGUCCUCCAGUGGAUGGAGAAGCUGCAUGAGCAGCAGGUCAAGCGUGAUAUCGACCAAUUCCGAGAAUAUGACAGCCAACUGCUUGAGCGUCUAGAUCGACGAGAAGCCGCGAGAUACCGAGGUUCCGUUGGAUCGUCGCAGCCACAGCACGAGAUCCUUGCCGAUUUCAUGUCUUCACGGCCACAGAGUCUGACUAGCCAGUCAAGGACCUCUUCGGUGCCAUACGGCCUUGCCGCUGAAAGAGGCUUCCACUCGAGGCCGAACAGCACGGCAAGCUACGUGCCAGGGUCACCCGCCAUGCAUAUCUCUCCACGGCCAGCCAGCAUGGCUAUAGCGCCAUCGAGUCAGCCGGAGGAUAGCGCAUAUCAUCAGCGACGGCAAAGCCGAAGGAUCUCUUUCCAGGGACUCAACUCACGUCAGAAAUUCGAUAUUUCUCCUCUCCCUCGGCAAUUAGAGCUUUUACGGAGAAGGACCACAACCCAAAACUCAUCGCGUCUGCGACACUCUUCAAUCCCGGCAGACUCUCGUUCCGAUGCGUUUUUCCGACCAAGCAAUGUUCCGUCGUCGCCGAGUCUCCUGGAUGCGGCCGGCAUAGAUGUUAGCGAAGGCCUUUCCAGUCGUUCUCUCUCAGCUCCCAUCACAAAGGAAGAGCACGAGGAGCUACGAGAAUAUUUGAAGGUAAAGUUUCCUGUACCGAUUACGUGGGAGAACGCCAAAACUCGCGCAGUCUUUGAGCCUGAGCAUACAACAUCUCCUGAAGAGGGACAGGCCGUAGCUCCUGAAACUAGUCAAGCCGCAUUUUCCGAGGAGGGUCGGGCUGUACGUCCAGGAGAGAGCCAGCUCGUACCUCUUGAAGAGAGGCAGGCCACGGCCUCCUGGGGGCUAGCCUCGCCGACCAGUCCAACUGAGUGGCAGACGUUGGGAUCAACUUCCGGCGAUGGUGUUGAUAAACAUCCCAGACGAGUUGACGCGAAGCGACUUGCUUCAAUCACCAUGAAUUUGGAAGACCCGUCGUUUGACUCAUUGACGGAUCCCAUGCAAGCCUCCCCAGAGGUCGCCGGAUAUAUUCCUUCGACGCCACUGUCGGCGAAUUCUUCCCGGAAUUCAGACACUGCGGAGUUGAUAAAGGCUACUGGCAGUAGUAGCCCUGUCAGUCCACUUGUGGUUAGUUCCGGCUUGCGCAAGCGACGGGGCGAUUUCUCCUCGGUGACAGCGCUGGGCUCACCGAUAGCGAAGAGUCGUGAUCUAUACGACUCUCCUGGCGCCCAAUCACCUACAAGCCCAACGAAGGGUCUGAUCAUGAAAAUACUCCCCUCGCCGAGGUCCACACCUAGUUCUGCUACACCGCGAAGUCCUUCCAAGAUCUCUCUUCCCGCUAUCGACAAUGAGUCCGAUGAGGCGGGACCGGCUGUCAGAACGUUCGUCGAUACGUCGGAACCACUCCCUCUCUACCAGCGCAGAGAUGGCAAGGUACGCAAACCUCCGCUGAGGCCUAUUCGAACUGGUACUGCCCUUUCCAGUCCUACGCCUGUUGUUACAGCUGGGUCAGAUGGAGCAGACAUAGACGGUCUUGUAGCUCAACAGCAGGAUCUUUCGGACGUUGCUGCCGCCAGACCUCUACAGGCUCCGUUUUCAGCGAGUGAUAAGACACGCGACUCUGCAGGGUCGAGAGCGAUGUUCACAGGUACUAGCAGAUCAGAGGCCGACGUAGGCUCCUCGCCAACAUAUACCGAAGGAUCGGCAGACAGUGAACAGAAUGGAGUGGACGCUGACUGCGAAACUCGGCCACAUAUCGUUACGCGCGUGUUGGUCGCAAUCAACAUAGCAAUGUUUUUAGCAGCCAUGGUCGCUCUCUACAUCAACCUCUUGGUUCUCAGAGCACCUACUCCUGUCUGGACGUGGGCACCUGCUUCGACAUGUCCAACCUGUCUGACGGGCCGCGAUCACCUUCAUCGGGAACCGGGCAAUAUCAUGCAUGAGGUCUAUUUCGAAAAGGCGACCGAUCCAAUGUGGGUGACCUCGACGUUGACAGAGACGUCAACUGCAAUCACAACAGAAAGAGCCACGGAAAUUCAGAUGAAGACCGAGACAGAAACCCGCACAAAGAUCGACUUCGAGACACAUACCAAGACAGAGGUGUCGACAGAAUUGCUGACGUGGACCACCUUCGAGACACAAUUCGUGGCAACAGAGACGGAAGUCGAGUUCGAGACCUCGACUACAACAUCAACGUCGACGCUCAUAGAAACGCAGACCGAGACCUGGACAUCAACAGCCACAGCUACUAUGACGGGACUUGAAGUCGAAGUCGAAACUGAAACCGAAACCGAGACGCUCAUCAAGACGCACACUUUCACAGAAACAGGUUCUGUGGCGUCGUGCCCCGAUCCUCACUUCCCUCGAGAUCUACCCAUCCCUCCACCCACGCGAUCCUUCACAGGCGCCCAACUACCGAGUUUCAUGCUCAUGAACGCCACGCCCGGUCGUCCGAAACCCGUUCCCGUCCCACGACCCGUACCCUCCACAGGCAUACCCGGCUCGUCUGCGUCGCAAUACGAAUGCGAAUAUGCCUGCUCUCACUCCCAUUCAGUUCCCGGUGCAACAACGUCGAAAUCAAAGUCAAAGUCAAACACAAUUACAACCUCACCGUUGACGAACGCCCAAAUCGACGCCCGCGCCGCAAAGGCCAAGCAGAGGACUGCGCACCACUCGCAGAUGCACAUGCGGCAUAAUCGCGCCUACUUGGGCCGCACGUACUGGGGCUUCAUCCCGGAGGUGCAGCGCUUCUUGGACAUCGUGCACUUCGAGGUGACGGGGCUGUUGUUGGGAAACGCGCGGGGGGUGCGGAAAUAUUAA